AUGGCAGAAUGGGCGUAUCUGGCGACGUUGGUCCCACCGACGUACCCAUGCGUGCGCCGGGCGACGACCGGCCGCAUGGAGCUUGAUGGGCGCCUCGACAAGCCCGCGUGGGCGCAGGCUCCGUGGACCGCUUCCUUUGUCGACAUUGAGGGCCCGGCGCGCAAGCCCAACCCGCCGAUGACGACGCGCGUCAAGAUGAUGUGGGACGACGACUACCUCUACGUGGGCGCGGCCAUGGAGGAGACCAAGGUCUGGGGCACCUUCACCGUCAAGAACACGGUCAUGUACCACGAGAACGACUUUGAGAUCUUUAUCGACCCGGACGGCAGCCACCACAACUACUACGAGAUGGAGAUGAACUGCCUCAAUACGAUCUGGGAGCUCGUGCUGCGCCGGCCGUACAAGGACGGCCACGACAUUGAGAACCCGCGCAACCUCGUCGACAUUCGGUCGGCCGUGCACAUUGACGGUGCUGCCAACGACCCGUCCGUGCAAUGCCGCAGCUGGAGCGUCGAGGUCGCGCUACCCCUUGCGGAGCUCGCCAUCUUCGACGAGCGCCGGCGCCGACCCGUGCAAGUGGGCGACACAUGGCGCAUGAACUUUUCCCGCGUCCACUACGAUCUCAGCGUCGAGACGGUGGACGGGCAGCCCACGUACGUCAAGGUACCCGGUCGUCGCGAGUACAACUUUGUCUGGUCGCCCACCGGUGUCAUCGACAUCCAUCGCCCGGAGAAGUGGGCGCUCGUGAGCUUCCUCGGCACGUGCGCUGUCGACGCCGCGACGUGGCCAGCCACCGAGCGCCGAUUGCUGCAAGCGCUCCAGGACGAAGAUGUCUUGAACGCGGUCUACUACGCCCAGCGCCAGUACCACGAGGCCCACGCCGUGUACGCGCAUUCGCUCGACGUUUUGUUUGGCGAUGCGACGCCGCCCCGCGUGACGCUCAACGUGGCCGCCGACCAAAGCUCGUAUACGCUGGCUUACGAGGACGCGACGGGCGGCAAGCAUGGCAUGACGCACGACGCCAAGUACACUCGUCCGUAGUCGACUCUGGUACAAAGCGUGGCGACGCAAAGCGAAUGUGGACUACAUGUAUUACGUGAAGGCUGGUCGGGAUUUUUUGUUCUGUCCUGUUCUGCCGCACCCAGAAAAUACGCG